GUCGCCAUUGCGAACUUUUCAACUUAGGCCUAACUUCACUUUAUAUAUUGUUCGAUUAUCCAUCGUUCAUCAAUCAAGCGGUUAUUAUUCUUUAUUUUACAUUUACUUUUCAAUAUUGUGCCAAUAUUUGUUAUGAUUAAGUGUUUAUAAUUAAUCAAUAGUCAGCUGAGUGGUCUAAAUGCUAUCAAUCGAACGUUUAUGUUUGCAAACGUGCAUAUGCUUUGUUGUGAGAACCACCUUUAUCUGCUGUCAUUCCAAGCUGUAAAGACACAUUUUUGAUAAUGAAAUAUAAGUUCCGUAGUGAAUUGUAGUUUAACAAACGAAUGACUGUGCCGAAUUCACUUAACAGUACCCUACAUUUGAGUGCCGUGAUGAGAGCAGUGAUUUCAAUCGGAGCAGCUUUCGGGAGAAUGUGCGGUGGCGUUUAGCCCUUGUGGCAAAGGACGUCUGAAAAGUAGAGAAUGGAGACCGUGAAGGACGAGGAGCGGCUGCGACGGCUGCGCUUGCUGGAGGAGAGGCUGUGCGACCCACGCUCUGCCGGCAACGUAGAUUGCUUGCUCGAUACUGUGACGGCGCUGGUCUCCGACUGCGACCACCCGGCUAUACGGCGUAUGAAGAAUGUCGAAGCCUACACAAGCAGAUAUGAAGAAUUUGCUUCAGAAGUAGUUGACCUGCGCAUGAAAGCAGCCGAUUUUGAUUUAAUCAAAGUCAUAGGCCGUGGUGCAUUCGGUGAAGUACAACUAGUCAGGCAUAAAUCCACACAUCAAGUUUACGCCAUGAAGCUCCUCAGUAAAGUGGAGAUGAUCAAGAGGUCAGAUUCUACAUUUUUUUGGGAAGAAAGACACAUUAUGGCUCAUGCAAACUCUGAAUGGAUAUUAAAGUUGCACUUUGCUUUCCAAGACCACAAAUAUCUCUACAUGGUGAUGGACUACAUGCCUGGUGGUGAUCUUGUCAGCCUAAUGUCCAACUAUGAUAUACCUGAGAAGUGGGCUAAGUUCUACACAAUGGAAAUUGUAUUAGCACUAGAUGUUAUACAUGGCAUGGGCUUUGUGCAUAGAGAUGUGAAACCAGAUAAUAUGUUAAUUGACAAGUAUGGUCAUCUGAAACUGGCAGACUUUGGUACUUGUAUGCGUAUGGGACCCGAUGGGCUUGUGCGGGCCAGCAAUGCUGUUGGGACACCAGAUUAUAUCUCACCUGAAGUUUUGCAGUCACAGAAUGGUGAAGGGGUCUAUGGACGGGAGUGUGAUUGGUGGGCUGUGGGAAUAUUUUUAUAUGAAAUGUUAAUAGGAGAUCCUCCUUUCUAUGCUGACAGUUUAGUAGGGACAUAUGGGAAAAUUAUGGAUCACAGGAACUCUCUACAGUUUCCUGAUGAUGUGGAAAUUUCAAAGGAAGCUAAAUCACUUAUACGAGGUUUGUUAACUGAUAGGGUAAAAAGAUUGGGAAAGAACAGUGUGGAUGAGAUCAAACAACAUGCAUUUUUUAUUAAUGACCAAUGGAGUUUCGAUAACCUUAGGGAUUCUGUACCUCCUGUUGUUCCUGAAUUAUCUAGUGAUGAUGAUACAAGAAAUUUCGAUGAUAUUGAGAAAUCAGAUGCCUUGGAUGAAUCCUUUCCUGUGCCAAAAGCGUUUGUGGGAAACCAUUUACCAUUUGUAGGUUUUACAUAUAAUGGUGACUAUCAGUUGUGUGCAGGUAAAGGCAAGCAAGUUGAUGUAGUUGAUACGAUCUCCAAUAAUCACUUUAAUAAUGUUGGAUCUGAAUCUAUAUUGCAGCUAGAAAAACUCCUCGAAAGGGAAAGAGAUAUUAGACGUAAGUUGGAAGAUAGGCAAGAGCAUCUCUGUGCUCAAGUUGAAGAAUUAGCUGAUAGGGAAUCUAGGAAUAAAAAAAUAAUUACUGAAUCUGAUAAAGAACUGGCUUUAUUAAGACAUAAUUUAAAGGAAUUGCAAAGAAAAACAGAGGUGGAAGCCGAAUCAAAGAAAAAAGCCGAAGCGAAUUACUUAGAAGCCAAGCGACGGCUCGAGGAGGAACAAACUAAAAGAGCUAAGGAAUUUAGCAAUUUACAAAGUUAUAUUGAUAAAAUCAAUGCCCUCGAGAAACAGUUGAACGAAGUGCGUGAGAAAUUAAAGCAGGAAUCAGAAGCAGCCGCGAAGACGAGGAAACAAGCAGCGGAGCAAUCGGCAGCGCAGGCAGCCGCCGCCGCGCUCAGCGACGGCACCGUCGCGAACCUGAGGGCACAGCGAGAUAUACUGGAACGGGAGCGAAGUGCGCUGUCCUAUGAGCUGGAAGCGGCCAAGGUGGCGAAGCAACGGGCACUGGCGCAGUCGGCCGACGCCGUCAGCAGAUGGAACGCGGCGCAGGGUGAGCUGGAGCGCGCCUCCAGCAAGCUGACGCAGACGGUGGCGGACAACCAGCAGCUGUCGGAGCGGCUGUCGUCGCUGGAGAAGGAGUAUGCGUCGCUGGCGCACGAGCUGCGCGCCGCCCAGCACAUGUAUCAACAAGAGGUGCGCGCGCAUCAGGACACGCAGCGCUCGCAGAUGCUCUCCAAGCAAGAAGCAAACCUCGAAAUUGUUAAAGGUGAUGUUUGUUCCCCGCCAGCGCUGCAAAGCAAGUUGAACGAGGAGAAGACGGCGCGGCAGCGUUCCGAGUCGCAGUGCCAGGAGAAGGACCGGCAGAUGUCGAUGCUGAGCGUCGACUACCGCCAGAUGCAGCAGCGGCUGCAGAAGUUAGAAGGAGAACAUCGUCAGGAAAGCGAGAAGGUGAUCGGGCUAGCAGCGGCGUUGGAACAAGAGCGUGCGGCGCGGCUGCAAGCGAGCGGCGAGGCGGCGGCGGCGGAAGCGUCGGCUCGAGCGGCGAGUGCGGAGUGCGACGCGCGGGCCCGCGAUCUGCAGGACGUGAGGUCCGCCUUGCACGAGGUGGAAGAGAAACUCGCGGCCGCCAGCGCAGAACGAGAUAUGCACUACGCCCGGUGUGAAGAGCUCCGCAAGCAGUUCGAAAAUGAGCAGCACUUCUGCCUCAUCUACCGCAGCCAAGUCAACGACCUCCAGCGGCAGGUGGACGAAAACUCGCGGUCUACCCGCGACCUCGAGCAGGAACGCGCCGGCCUCAUGCAUCAGCUGCAGCUGGCCAUCGCCAGGGCUGACUCCGAGGCUAUUGCUAGGUCGAUAGCGGAAGAGACAGUAGCAGAACUGGAGAAAGAAAAGACGAUGAAAGAACUGGAGAUGCGGGACGCGAUGGCGCAACACCGCAGCGAGUUGGCGGCGCGCGACGCCGUGGUCCAAGGUUUGAGGGACAGGGACCAUGAGAACCGGGCCACCAUCGACUUGCAGAGGAAGGAGGUGGACGAGCUGCGUCGCAAUGGCACCGCGCUAGCUGAACGUGUGGCGACCCUGCAGCGGCUGCAAGAGGAAGUGGAUCGGCUGAACAAGAAGCUCAACUCUGAGAACAUGCUUAAGCAGCAAGCCGUCAAUAAACUGGCCGAGAUCAUGAACAGGAAGGACAUGAACCCGACCAACGCGAAAACGAAGAGCAAGAUGUCCGUCCGCAAGGACAAGGACUACCGCAAGCUCCAGCAAGAGCUAACUCGCGAGAAGGAGAAGUUCGACCAGCUGGUGGCCAAGCUUCAGCGGGACCUGCAGGACACGCAGCAGCAGGUGGUCGAGGAGCAGCAGACCAGGCUGCGCCUCGCCAUGGAGGUGGACAGCAAAGAUGUAGAAAUCGAGCAGUUAAAGGAGAAGCUGGCGGCGCUAACAAGCGAGACGGCGUCGCAGUCGUCGGCGGACGCGGAGGACGGCGAGACAGAACAGACGCUCGAGGGCUGGCUCUCGGUGCCCUUCAAGCAGAACAUACGCCGGCACGGCUGGAAGAAACAGUACGUCGUCGUGUCCUCCAAGAAGAUCAUCUUCUACAAUAAUGAGAAUGACAAGCAGAACACUACCGACCCUGUCAUGAUAUUGGAUUUGAGUAAAGUGUUCCACGUGCGGUCAGUGACGCAAGGUGACGUGAUCCGCGCAGACGCUAAGGACAUCCCCCGGAUCUUCCAGCUGCUGUACGCGGGGGAGGGGGAGGCGCGGCGGCCGGGGGACGCCUCUUCCGACGCCGCGGGGGACCAGGACCAUCAGGGUAACACGGUGCAGCACAAGGGUCACGAUUUGGUCAGCAUUACAUACCACAUGCCGACCGCGUGCGAGGUGUGUCCGCGGCCGUUAUGGCAUAUGUUCCGACCGCCGCAGGCCUACGAGUGUCGCAGAUGCCGUAUGAAAGUGCACGCGGAGCACGUGUCGGACAGGGAGAGGGACAGGGAUAGGGACAGGGAGAGGGAGAGGGACAGCGAGGGGACAGCGGUGGUGGGGGUGGCGGCGUGCAAGCUGCAGGCGGACCGCGCGCGGGAGCUGCUGCUGCUGGCGGGCGGCGCGGUGGAGCAGCGGCGCUGGGUGGCGCGACUGGCGCGUCGCGUGCAGCGCUACGGGUACCGCGCCGCGCACCAUCACGACCACAAGCUGUGCGGCAGGGACUCGAUGCGCUCAAAUCUGAAGGCGGCAUACAUGAACGCGUCCCAGCGAAGCUCGACGCUGCCCGCCAACGCCUCCAUACAGCGCCAGUGAAACGGAAUGACGGUCAUACUAACAUUCCUUCCUUUUGAAAUGGCCGGAUAUGUUCAAACACUGUCGAUUAAGUACAGAUUUUCCUCACUACGCUGCCUCUAAAUGAGCCACGGAUCGAUAUGUAAAUACUUACAGUAAUUACGAGAAAGUAUACCCGCAUUUGCACAUUUCUCUGUAAGAAAUUGCAGUAUGACGACAAUAUGUUACACAGUUUUACACAUUCGGCCAUUUUAAAAAAGAGGAUUUUUCCAUCCUUACUAAACAUAUCUGUCUCGAGUUCUCGCGGGUCCAUUGGUUUUAUUGAUUAUUUUACACUCAAAACACCAUCUUUAAAUUGUAUACCUAAAUUCCAUGUAAAAAUUAGCUAGUCUUCUAAUAUUUUUUAGGAACUUUAUCAAAAUUAUUAUAUACACGAGUUCAGCGUCACUGCUGUGAUAGUUAUUCAAUAAUAUUUAUGUUAAUAUUAUGUACUUAGAUAUACAGCUCAGUUUUAAUACGGCGCGACGCAUUGACGCAAUACGCUGUGAAUAAUAUUUCUAAUUCGUGAAUAUUUUCCCGAUUUCAAAUAAUAUUGUUACUUAUUAAAACGACGUAACGCUACUGUACCCGAAUAUGGUUUUUCCAUUUUGUUUUAUCGAUGUAAAAAAAUUAUAAGUUCACGACGUCUUAUAAAGUAAUGCUCUCUUUUUAUACAUGCAAUUUGGAUAAAUAUGCAAUAUGUAUUUAAAAACUAAUUUAUCUAUUCUAUUCAAUUAAUUAUGUUGUGAAUGAAAAAAUAAGUCUUUAGUCCAACAAUAAUAACGAUUCGAAUAUUUGGUUAUGUAAAUAUUAGUUAUGAUAAUGUGUUGAUAUUAUACAAUUUUUAUUUCGCCUGUAUUAUACGCGCGUUGGCUUUUAAAGUUUGUUUUUAUCUCGAGUUCGCCUAAAGCUUCGGUGGUUAUCAAAAGGGUAAAGUGUAGGAUCUAUGGUGGUUGUAGAUGUGCCUUGUAUAACGUAAAUAACAUGACAUGUAACAUACGUGGAUUUGACUCAUGUUGUCACUUAGUGGUACAAGAUUUGCUUUUUUGAUUUAAUCAUGAAUGUGUCGAAAUACAAAUUUGCGCAUUAUGCUUAACAUUUAUAACUUUUUUUUUAUUUUUAUACAAAGUUUGGUUCAGAUAUUUUAGCGGAAAUUUCAAUGUAUCUGCAGGUCGAUAUUUUUCUACUUUCUCAUUUAUCGUCUUUAGUCUCAUUUUGGUCGUCAUUAGUUUUUAAACUAUAUGUUAACACAGAGUAAAACAUUUGCAUAUAUGUAUCAAUUAAAUUGACUUCAAUAAUAAAUCAAUUAUUAUUAUAUUCACAAUUAUAUUGCUGUUUAGAGUAAUUUUCGAAGACUUACGGGAAUUGAGAUAUACUGUAGUUAAAUUGAAAAUAAUCAUUUUAAAUUUAAAUGUCGAUAAGUCCUAUAGUAGUGGUAUAUUUUGUCCUCAAUACCUUCCUAGUGUUCUGAGCGGGGCUAAAGUACAUUAAAAAUAGUCCGAAGUCCAAAUAUAGGACGCUACUAACCUAGUGUAAGUACAGUAGUCGGCAUCACGUCGCUUCGCAUUUGCAAACUAACGAAAACCGUGCCAUACCUUGUUAGUUCACCAGUAGUUGCUCAACUCCUGCCAGCGCGAUACUUAACUUUGUAAGACUCAGGGCUUCCUCGUGUCACAGGAAUUUUAUUAGAAAAAUGAGCUUAUCUAGACACCCUAAAGCAAAAUUUAUUUUUAAUAAGAUUUUAUAAACGCCUAAAAUUUGUACAAAUUCCAAAACUCAAUAAUGUUUUAUACCAGUAGACAUUAUUGGUGUUUGAUAUUUACAAAUAUGUAUAACUAUCAAUUAAACAAUCAUAGUUUGUAACCAAUUCGUGUAUUGCUGUGUAGCAGCCACUAUAGCAAUAAUUUAAAACAGUGUCUUAAGACUGAUUUACACCAAACAAGCGAAUGCUUGGCCUUGAAUGGCUGGACAUUGAUUGGACAGCUUGAGUGGGAGGGUGAUGACUGAGCAUUCGCUCGCUUGGUCUAAAUCAGCUUUUAUAAAAUGCAAUAUUGUAAGGUGUCACUUUUUAUUUAUAGAAAAUUGGUGCCAAAUAUAUUUGUAUUUUUUUGCGAAAAAUGUAAGUUUGUAUACAAGGAAGAUUCAGUGUUUGUAGAUUUCACAAAAUCAUGGUUGUGUGACUUAACACCAAUGUUAUAACUUUUGCCUUCCCUGCUUGUAGCAAUAUAUAUGUUUAAUAUCAGUCGAGCUGUUCAAUGUUUAAAUAAUAUAUUUAGUUGUGAUUUGAAAGUACAAAGCGAGUCGCUGGUUCGCAUUUAGUCCCGACUUUGUCGGUGAGAUCGUAAAUGGUCAUUCUUCCCUGUGAUUUAAAUUUUCUUUAUUAAGCUGAGCUAUCUACACAAGUCACAUGAAUACUGUUUUCUUGCCAUCUGUCGUCCAGUGAGAGAACACCAUGUAAUAUAACGUUUCCAUUCUAAUACGAGUUUACAUUGCUUAAAACAAGCGAAAAAAAAAAGUGAAAACUAUUUACUUCAAAUUCUUCUAGGGAAAAAAAACUAUCUGCCGGGUAUAUUUCAAUUGCUUAUGACAGAAUUUUCAAAUGGAAUUUUAAGCAUUCCGCUAUAUGCCUAGGCUAAUUCUAGACAGAGACAGAUAGUGUUGAGCACGACUUGCUUAAAGUUACUUUUGUAUUUUUCUCGACUUCUCGGAAAGCAAUAUGUUGUGCGUGAUGACUGAAGAAAGAAGGGUUUUUAAAUUUGUAUAUAGCAGGUCGCGUGCCGCGGCCGCUAGCCGCGAUUUGCGACCCGUGGUGCUAGAAGCAGGCCUCCAUGUUGUUAUUAUAGUGCUUCUUGUUGAAAGUUAAUGCACCUGUUUAUUAUUGCUCUACUUUACAUUCCUGCAACGAAUGCUCUGUUGAGUUUUGUUUGUAUUAGUUUAUACUGACUCUGGUUCAUCUCUGUCGCUUUGUCCAGUUAUUGCUAUUGUAUUUUUUGUUAGUGUUAAGUACCAAUCUCUUUCAUCCGUGUACUGAAAUCGUUAAAUUUACGUACUUAAGUUUCUGCGAUCGAUCUUUUAGAUUUACGCUUAUUUUUGAGAUGCAUUUUAAAUUUUAUUAGGGCAGCUAUCGUCCAUGUUUCAUUCCAUAUUGUAUCAUACAUUAUAUUAAUACUUUGUGUUCACUUUCGGAAAUGGUUAUUUUGCCAAAGAAAUUUUUAAAAUCGCACGUAACGAGUUACGAUUAUAAUUUCAUUUGGAGUCAAGUUUUGUUUAAAGUAAAUAUUUAAAUAAUUCCGCUUGAUGAUUAAUUUUACUAUUAUUUACUAUGCAUAAUGAGAAUCAACCUGAUUUUAUCUCAUGACAUUUUUCGGGAGUAUUUUUCCCGCUGCAUGUAAUCAGUGGUUGUUCAAGAAAUACUCCCAAAUUGUCUUAUAAUAUAUCAUAUACAUUAAAUAUGGAAUUAACGUCAUUAUUAUGUAAAUUAUUUAUUGAUACGUUUUACAUUCGUGUUAUUGUAAUAUUUUAUUUAUCAUGCUAAAAUUGCAAGUUCCUAACUUAGCUCCUCGUUUGUAUACAUUGUGUUGCCGCUUCGCUGACAUUGAUCAUUUGGUGUAACCCUUUAUUAUUAGUGAGCAAGCCUUAAGCUAUAUUAAUACUGAUAAUUCUAUAUUUCAUGGUUAGUAUAACGUCUCCUGGGCCACUCGCCCGGGCCUCUCAUUAUAAUUAUAAAUACGUUUGUGUCAUGCAAUAUACUAAACCACGUGCCUUAGCUACGGCCCACUCCCAUAUCACCCGGGCAUACUAUGUUAUAUGUAUCGAUAGUUAUUAUAAUGUAAAUAUGUUUUGAAUAAACCGAUAUUUUAUGGAUUUUUAAGGAAUUUGUAUAUUGUAAAGAUUUUAAUUAAUUUUAUCAUAAAAUUAAUGCCUAGCUAAUAAGUGCUACAUUCAUGGAAAAUAAAUAACAUUACAACAA